AUAUUGUUGACAUUAAGCCAGCCAACAUGGAGGAGCUCACAGAGGUGAUCACAGCGGCUGAGUUCCACCCCCAUCACUGCAACACUUUCGUGUACAGCAGCAGCAAAGGGACAAUCCGACUGUGUGACAUGAGGGCAUCGGCUCUGUGUGACAGACACACCAAAUUUUUUGAAGAGCCAGAAGAUCCAAGCAACAGAUCAUUUUUCUCUGAAAUUAUCUCUUCAAUUUCGGAUGUGAAGUUCAGCCACAGUGGGAGGUAUAUCAUGACUAGAGACUAUCUGACUGUGAAAGUCUGGGAUCUCAACAUGGAAAAUCGCCCCAUCGAGACUUACCAGGUCCAUGACUACCUCCGCAGCAAGCUGUGCUCCCUCUACGAAAAUGACUGCAUUUUUGAUAAAUUCGAGUGUGUGUGGAAUGGGUCAGACAGUGUCAUCAUGACAGGCUCCUACAAUAACUUCUUCAGGAUGUUUGACCGGAACACCAAGCGUGAUGUCACCCUGGAGGCCUCCAGGGAGAAUAGCAAACCCCGGGCCAUCCUCAAACCGCGAAAAGUGUGUGUGGGGGGCAAGCGGAGAAAAGACGAGAUCAGUGUUGACAGUCUGGACUUUAGCAAAAAGAUCUUGCACACAGCUUGGCAUCCUUCAGAAAAUAUUAUAGCAGUGGCGGCUACAAAUAACCUAUAUAUAUUCCAGGACAAGGUUAACUAGGAGGGCAAGCUAUUACUUAUAAUCUCACAUACUGAAUACUAGUCAAACAUGGUUUUAACUGGGUUUUUUUUCUCCUUUGGGUCUUCAUUUGAUGCACUGACUUUUCAUCCCCCCUAUGCAGAAAACAACUGGAAUCACAUUAAAAGGAGUUCAUAUUUCCCACCUACCCCCCCACCCCCUGUUCUCUAAGAAACUUUUGUCAUACCCCAUAGGGUUCCAGGACAUUUCUGUUUAGAGUUGAGAGAUGCCAGUGAACGGUCAUUCUUCCCUAGUUGACUUGAAUUUCUGAUGCUUUUAUUGCCCAGUUUUAUCUGGUGGGUCCAGUGUUUUUGUUUCUAGGUGUCUGCUGAUAUAAUGAGGUUGUCUGUAGUAUUUAAAGAGAAAAAAAAAGAGACUACUUUUUUUUUAAUUAAGCAAUCCCAUUUGGUUGGAAAAAAAUAAUAAACACCGUUUACUCUUA